CGAAAAUCGUGCCAUCGGUCACAGCCACCCGUGUGUUCCCUCGUCGCUCCCUCGCGGCCGUCUCACAGCCCGUCGUCCUUGGCGCCCUUGGUCUUCUGUGGUGGGUUGUUGCGAAUGAUCCAUGCAUUGAGAGCAGUGGCGACGCCGACCCAAGCCAGGUAAGGCAGCAGGAGGAUGGCCGCCACGGGCGCUUCCGGCUUGAGGCGGAAGGCCGUGAUGAUAGUCCCGAUCAGCGUCACGUCCAAGGCGAUGAUGUCGACCAGCGCCCAGUCGAGGCGGUGAAGCCCAAAAAACAAAGGCGUCCAGGCGAAGUUGAACAGCAGCUGUGUGCCUGCAAGGAACAGAAGGCAAGCGGACAGAACGUCUCUGACACACGUAUUGUUUCGUCGCUCGUUCACUGACUCACCGUAUAGAGCGAGUGGGAGUGUGCUCUUCGGCUCCUGGUACAUCAGCCAGCUGGACACGCCCAUGCACACGUAGAGCAGCGCCCACAUCGGAGGAAAGAGCCAGUCGGGUGGGUUCCAUGAGGGUCGUUUGAGGGUCUUGUACCAGCCCUUCACCUCCGGCACAGUCCACAUGGAACCUGUGCACAAGGUGAAAGGCAUGCUCCAACAGAUCUCUGCAUCUGCUCCGCUGUCUGAUCUUCCCAGUACCUACCCAAGAAGCCGCCCGCGAGGGGCACUCCAAUGGCCCCGGUGAUCUCGAGAGCAGUCCGCCAGGUCAUCGUGUUUCCCAUCAACACGCAGAAAACU